AUGGUGGCAGUGUCUAAAGUACCGAUAAGGGGAAAGUGUUUAACAUCAGAGGGAAUAUUUUCAAAUGCACGUGUAAAACAAAGCUUUGCAGCAACGAGAGACAAUCAAUGUGAAAGAUGGGACGAACUGAAAGAACUUGUCGUCGACAUGGACUUCGGAAAUGAAACACUCAGUGAAGCUGCUAAUUUUUGUCGAGAUCCAGAUAGCAGCAAAUCUUAUUGGUGUUAUGUUGUAGAAGAGUCAAAGAGAGGUGAGUGUUUUGAAACGUCUGCGGGGUACAUGGGUACAAAAAAUACAACAAAAUCUGGACACGUUUGCCAGCGUUGGGAUGUGACAGUACCUAAUAGCCACGCCUACAAAGAUUCUACGGUAUUUCCUGACGGUUCUUCUACAGCUGCGGAGAAUUAUUGCCGAGAUCCAGACGGCCUUGGAGAACCUUGGUGUUUCACUACAGCUGAGGAAACAAGAUGGGAAGCAUGA